CAAGAAAUAAUUAUCAGGCAAAGUUACUUAACCAGGAUAUAGCAAUUGCAUGAUUAAGAGAAAAGUACGCAAUUAUAUGAUAAAAACAAUGAAAACAAAUUGAAAUGUAACAAGAAAAGCUAUGUUACAACAAAACCUUUUUAUCAACCCUCAUUUAUCGAAAGACAUAGAGCUGUAGAAAUUAUUCAUAGUUGGUGGUACUGCAUAGCGGAUAGGAAAUACGAGUGUAAUGUGAUAAAGAAUUCCCACGGUCUAUACAAUGGACAUGAACAUAAGUGGUGUCAACAGGGACAAUAGGUCGUUGAUUGAUAUAGAUGAUACUAGCAGCACGUUCGACAGGACAACCAACUUGUACGAUUAUUAUUAUAAUUACACUAAUUACAUAAAUGAUACGGCUUAUAUGUCAAGUGCUUUAGAUUUGAUCACCAUCAUACUUUGUGUGUUUGGAAUGGCUGCAAACUGCUUGUCUAUCGUAUUGGUGGCUAGGAUCCAUCAGAUAUUGACUACUCAUUUAAAACUGAUCAUCAGUUUAUGUGUGUCCGAUGCACUUAUUCUCGUUACGAAUUUGUUGAAAACAAUAUACCUCAUGACGGAAGGGUCAAAUAUUUGUGCCAACCUUACAGGAAGAUUAAUAAUAAGCCUAGCACUUAUUGCAACGCUUUUAAAUCUAUUUGGAAUCGCAUGUGAUCACUACUUUGCAAUAGUAAAACCAUUAACGUACAGAGCCAAGAUGUCUUCAUUUCGUGCUAACUGUGGUAUACUUAUAAUCUGGAUUUUAAGUUCUGUUGGAGUUGGAAUUGAAGUUGUGCAUGGUAUUAUAAUAGACAGGAGGGUACAUGAAACAUUGUGUCACGUGAUAGCUUUCGAUGAUAUCAAUAUCGAUACUGUCAUUGUUAUUAUUAUUAUUCUUGUCUUGGUUGUAAUUUGUUUUAUUUACGUCAGAAUUUACAUUCAAAUUCAUUUACGUAAAUCAUUACGUAGCAGACUGAAGCAUAAUCAGACUGACUCGAGCACUAUAAAGGCUCUAAUCACGACAUCAAUAUUCGUCGGCACAUUCAUACUCUUCUGGACGCCUAUUGGAAUUUUCAAUAUAGUAUUGUAUAGUCACGUGAUAGAAAAUCUAGAAUUGGAUGACAUAAGUCAGAUUGGUGAUACAUUAUAUGUUGUUUUAUUGUUAAAUGCCAUCGCAGAUCCUAUAAUAUAUACCUUUCGUUUGCCACAAGUCCAAAAGAAAUGUAUGUUCUCAGUUGCCACGCGCACGUCAACAAGAAGAACUAGAUCAACUUUUGAGAUGAUCAUAUGAAAAAACAGACGACAGUUACUCAUAGAUGAAUUGUUUUGUUUCUAUACGACUGGUUGUUUCUUAAGAUUGAUUGGAAACGGUAAUUUUAUCUGUUACAUGCAUUUAAGGUUAGAUACUUUCACAAGGUUAUUGUAAUGUGUAUAUAUAAAGACACCAUGUCUUAAAAACCUAAUAUUCUAGAUCGUUUAUGACUGAAUUAUAGAUAUUGGUGUUCGGAUUUAUUUUCUUAGUUAGACCAUUUUGUACUAUUCUAGAU